UAAAAGAACUCUAGUUCCAUCUCCUCGGCCUCGACAACGUUUGCUCUGUCAUUAUCCUCACUGAUCGUCUCGUCUCUAUUUUAUUCUGCUAGUUUUAUUGCUGUUCUCCAGGCUCCUUUUACUUGCAAAUCAUGGCAAAAAGUGCUUCAGAUUUAUUUAGAAGCAUCUCUGCUAAACUUAAAGACUCCAUAUCAUCUGAUCUGGUUGUAGUGUCAACGAGUCUUUAUGCUAGGAGCCUGAUAACAACCCAGCUACAUGAGGAAAUGCUCGAGGGUCUUGAUAGCAAUUCAAAUAAAGCUGCCAAGCUUGUAACUGUACUACAGGAAAAUCUUCAUGCCCACACUAAUCCUGAGACAUAUCUACAAAAAGUGUGCUCAGCAUUGAAAGAGAAAGGACAGAAACAAAUUGUUGAUAUAGUGAACGAAUUAGAACAUACAUUAUCCAUUUCAGUGGUGCAAGCUAUUAAAAGCAGCAGUAUUUCUAUUGAUGAACCUGAAGACACUUUAUCAGCUGCUGAUGGAACACAAGGUAUUCAGAAUUGA